UGUUAACCCAACAAUAUGUCUUUACAACUCUUUUUGGUCACACUUCUUAUAUCUAGAUCCUUGGGGAAUCCAUUCUGUACGCGUCCGAAAUAUCAGACAAAUGACUAUUAUACCUAUGAGGAGAUACAGGAGUAUCUGAAAGGUCUGGCCGAUAGUUAUAGUAGUCGGGUGAUAUUGACAGACAUUGGAAAGUCCUUCGAGAACCGGAACCUCACUACCAUUACCAUAUCGAACGGAGAUGGACGAAAAGGAAAGAACGUGAUCUUUAUAGAUGCCGGAAUGCAUGGCAGGGAGUGGAUCACUCACACCGCAGCCCUAAAUAUCAUCGAUCAGCUGGUUGUGAACUUUAAGAAAAAUAUGGAACUGCUAGAGGACUAUGAUUGGGUCAUUUUACCGCUGGUGAACGCAGAUGGAUACACAUAUUCUCGAUCAGGAAAGGUGUUCACAGAUGAAGCAAUCGAUUGCCGGAGUGUGACAACUUUAGAUCAUGAAUUCAAAUGCUGGCGGAAGAACCGAAACUCCAAGGGAAAUGUUUGCAUCGGCACUGAUCUUAACCGAAACUUUGGUCAUGGCUGGGGCAAAGGACGCUCAUCGACAUUAUCAUGCACUGAAACUUAUAAUGGUCCCUACAAAUUCUCGGAGCCCGAAUCUCAGGCAGUGCAAAAAGUUCUACUCGAUCUGGUAAAGUCUCGACGUGGCAUAUUGUACCUAACGCUUCAUUCCGCUGGAUCCAAGAUUUUGUAUCCAUGGGGCUCGGAAAGAAUCGAUGCCGAAAACUACAAGGAGCAUUUAGAAAUGGCUCAAGCUGGCGUAGAUGCCAUAAGCAAUGGAAAAUUUAAGUUCCCUUCAAAUUACAAAACUAUUCCUUCAUAUAAACUAUAUGUUGCCGGAGGAUCCUCAAAUGACUAUGCUUACAAAAUUGGAUUUGCCCUAUCAAUGACUUGGGAACUUCCGGAGAAAAGAGGAAAUUUAAGCUUUGGAUUUCAUCCGCCAACGAAUCUUAUUAAGGAACUUGUUGAAGAAACUUGGAUUGGUAUACGCGCCACUGCACAGAAAGUCAUCCAAAAGUAUCCAAUACAAAAGAAAUCUAUUAAGAUGGUAAAUAAAAAUAGUUGAAGUAACCUAUAAA